AGGGAAGGAAAAACGGCACCGUGGACUCGAUCAGAUGGUGAGGUACAGCGGGGACGGCGGACGGACUGAACACAAAGACCACAGCCAUUCCAGCCAGUCACAGCAGUAGAGGCAUUUCACGUGGAAGAGAAACAGACUCUGGGGUAUAAUCAGUUCCACUGACAACUCUGGAUAGUGGAGAGAAGAAGCAGCAGGAAGCCGACAUACCACCAUCAAAGCGAUAAGGCUUUAAGAGGAGAACCCCUCCCCAAAAAAAAGAAGGUAACAACAGGAAAAGUAGCCCCGUUUUUGUUGAGCUGAAGGGACUUUGUUGAAGCGAAAGGGCCAUUGUGUGUCCAGGACUGACUGGACAGAAAAGGUCUUGAGAAGAAGUGAGAAAAGCGGCAACAAUCUGGAGAACGAGCAGCAAGAGGUGUACCGGGCCCCGCAGCACAACUUCACUACGAGUAUGACUGGUACUCUAGAGAAGGGGGCCCACCACCAGGCCUUAGACCUGUCUGAGGAACUGCCGCCGCACCACCACCACCACCACAACAGCCACCACCAGCAUCUCCACCAAUGCAACUCACUCGGCUCCACCACCGCCGUGGGCGGCGGCAGAGAGACACCGUCGCGUGUGGUCGUACCUCCUCCCUAUUCUGCAGCGGAGAGCGGCGGUGGGGGCAGUGAAGGUCCCCUGGAGCUGCGGGGGUCCCUGGACUGCUGGGCCUGCUCCGUGCUGGUGACGGCCCAGAACCUGAUCAUCGCCACGAUCAACGCCUGCCUCGCCGGACUGGUGUUCGGGACCGUUCUGACGCCGGCCAUCGUCAUGGUGACGUUCGGCUUCCUGUGCCACUCUACGGUCCGCCCUCACGGGGCAACCGCCUACUGCUCGGACCUGCUGACCGACGGCGGCUGCGUGGCUCUGCUGGUGGUGGGCUUCCUCUUGGUCACCCCGCUGCUGGUCCUCGCGCUGGCCGCCUACUGCCGCCUAGCUCGACACCUCCAACUGGGCCUGUGCUUCAUCCCGUACAGCCGGGCCGUGUACAAGAACCUGCCUGCCACCCAGCACCGCGGCCUGGGCACCAGCUGCUGCGGCGGCCGAGACGGUGGCGGAAAGGGAAAGGUCUGGGUGUAAGAUGAAGAGAGGAAGGGGGGGGGGGGGGGAGACCAUUUGAUGAAAAGUAUGGAGGGAACUGAACGAGAGAAUAGGGUGGGGGCCGUAUGGGAUGAUUAAAAAGCAAUGGAUGUAAGGAACAGAAAAACUGGCUGACAUCCCAGGUCUUAUCUUCAGAGCAACAAUUGUAGAGGCAAAAAAAAAGAUACAUGGCGUA